CAGGGCUUGAUAUACUGCCGGGUUCCUCCAGGCCCACGGUGACCUCAAGACACCCCGUUUCAGAGAAGGACGGUGCAAAGAAGUCCAGUUUUCUCACAGCCGGGCAGAAAACCCUUCUGAGACUGUACCUUAACUGCCCCAAAUGAAAGCCCCUCUCCAGGGCCCGGUACGCGGAGAACCCCAACAGUGGGGACACGAAAGAAAUCACAGGCUGCACCGCCUGCGAGGGGAAGAGCCCGGGGACUGCUGCAGAUACCGGAGAGACGAGCGCCUCCGGGUGAACACAGAUGGUGACGACCCGUCCUCUCCAGCGCGAUGGCAGGGACCACGACGAGAAAUAAGUUGCUCCCGUCGAUUCCAAAAUAAAGAAGCAGGCGACGGAAUUGGGGCCAGCAAGCCAAAGAUGGAGCGCCGUGCAGGCCUCGAGACGCCCGGCGGGGAGCCCCGGGGCUCCGGGGCCGGCUCGGGGCCGACGUGGAGCCCGCGGUGCCAGCUGCCCGGGGGCCGCGUGGGCAGCGGCGGCAGUGAGCAGGAGCAGCAAGAUCGAAACAGAGUUUCUGAAGAACUCAUGAUGGUAGUCCAGGAAAUGAAAAAAUACUUCCCUUCAGAGAGGCACAGUAAACCAAGCACUCUAGAUGCCCUCACGUAUGCCCUUCGCUGUGUAAACAGUGUGCAAGCAAGCAGUGAGUUUUUCCCGAUUCUCAGUCAGAAUGGAGCACCUCAAGCAGAUUGGACCAUGUACAGUCUUGAGGAGCUGGCCACUGUUGCUUCAGAACACACUUCCAAAAACACAGAUACCUUUGUGGCAGUUUUUUCAUUUCUGUCUGGAAGGUUAGUGCACAUUUCUGAACAGGCUACUUCGAUCCUGAGUUGUAAACAAGAUCUCUUGGAGUCCUCUCAUUUUGUCGACCUGCUGGCUCCUCAGGAUAUGAGGGUGUUCUUCUCACACACUGCCCACGCUCAGCUUCCCUUCUGGAACAACUGGACCCAGAAAGCAGCUUCCCAGUAUGAGUACGCGCCAGUGAAGUCCUUUUUCUGCAGGAUGCGCAGAGGUGAAGACAGAGACCAGGGGAAGUACUACCACCCCUUCCGGAUCAUCCCUUACUUGAUCCACGUCCAUGGCUCUGUACACCCAGAGCCCGAGCCCUGCUGUCUCACACUGGUGGAGAAGAUUCACUCUGGUUAUGAAGCUCCUCGAAUUCCAGUGGAUAAAAGAAUAUUUAACACACACACCACAGGGUGUAUUUUUCUUGAAGUAGAUGAAAGAGCUGUGCCUCUGCUGGGUUACCUCCCUCAGGACCUGAUGGGAACAUCCAUCCUCACCUACCUGCACCCAGAAGACCGAGCUCUGAUGGUGGCCGUGCACCAGAAAGUCUUGAAGUAUGCAGGCCAGCCUCCCUUUGAACAUUCACCCAUUAGAUUUUGCACUCAGAAUGGAGAUUACAUCCUACUGGAUUCCAGUUGGUCCAGCUUUGUGAACCCAUGGAGCCGAAAGGUUUCAUUCAUUAUCGGUCGGCAUAAAGUUCGAACGAGUCCACUGAAUGAGGAUGUUUUUGCUACCAGAAUAAAAAGGAUGAACGAUAAUAGCAAAGACAUAACAGAAUUACAAGAACAAAUUCACAAGCUUCUCUUGGAGCCAGUUCACGUGAGCGCUUCCAGUGGCUAUGGAAGUCUGGGAAGCAGAGGCUCCCAGGAGCCUUACAUUAGUGUGGCGUCCUCGAGUGAGUCCAGUGGACACUGCCCAGAGGAGCCCCAGGAGGAGCCUAUGACCUUGCAGCAAGUUUAUGCCAGUAUAAACAAAAUAAAGAAUCGAGGUCAGCAGCUCUACAUCGAUUCACUGACCAAAUCGCCAAACAAGCAAGUGAUGGGGACAAGCACAGCAGUGCGUGGUGGCGAUCAGCAGAAGGCCUUUUCGUCUUUCCAGACAUUGAAAAAUAAUAGCAUGUAUGCUGAGUCUUGUGAGGAUUUGAGAAAAGAUCAACAUAGCCCAUCCUAUCAGCAAAUAAACUGUAUUGAUAGUAUUAUCAGGUACCUGAAGAGCUACAACAUUCCAGCUUUGAAGAGAAAGUGUGUGUCCUGUACAAACACCACGUUGUCAUCCUCAGAGGCCGACAGGCAGAACCAGCAGACAGACGUGCAGGCAUUGCCAGCUGUUUCCCAGAUCCCCGUCACUGCCAAACCGGAAAUGAUGACCACUGGGCCGUCCGCAUCCGCGGAGCAAGGGGCCCCCCAGACCCUGCCCGGCAAGGUGCUGAGCUGGGUGUCGGGCGUCAGCCAGUGCAGCUACAGCAGCACCAUCGUUCACGCCCCCCCCGCCGGAAAGGCUAGGGAUGCCACCCCAGCGUGUGAACUGUGGGCUCUCAAUACCCAGACAGCAUCUCCAACCUCUGAAGAAUUUAAACAAGUAGGUCUCACAAAAGCUGUUCUGUCAGCCCACACGCAGAAGGAAGAAAGAAAUUAUGUUGAUAAAUUCCGAGAAAAGAUCCUGUUGUCACCCUACAGCUCCUAUUUACAGCAAGAAAGCAGAAGCAAAGGAGAUUCUCCUUCCAAGCAGACCAGAUCCACUGGUGGCAAGAAAGGGAGGCACAAACGCAAGAAGCUGCCAGUGCCAUUGGACAGCAGUAGCUCUCAGGAUAGUGUCCAUCCUCACUCCAGGAAAGUGGUUCGGCAGGUGCAGGCCUGGAGCCCCUCCACUGACUCCUCUCCGCCUGCCUGUGGCCUGCGCCUCCCUUCUGCGGCGAUGGUCCCCAGUCUGACCCCUGGCCCAGUGCCAGCUUUCCCCCUCCCAGCUGUGGCUCCCCUGGAGAGAGAAUGUGCAGCCCCGGCAGCUGUCCUGGGGUUCUCCCCUGCACCACCGCUCCCCAGCAGCUUGCAGUCUCUCCCAGCUUUUCCUUCUCCUUACAUGAACAUGUUUAUGACCAUUUUCCUGCACGAAUUCCCCACCUGUCCUCUACAAUCAUCCUCAUCCUCUCCAUGUCCAUUCUUGGGAGCAACCGACUCUUCUGAAAUGCCACCCUCAGUAUCAUCAGUGACUCCAGACCUAGAGCCACUGCCCUCAGGAAUCCACCAACAGAGAGUUGAGGAAAAAUGGGAGUCUCAAAGUGAAGCGCACCCAUUUAUUAACUCACGGAGCAGCUCACCACUGCAAUUAAACUUGCUUCAGGAAGAAAUUCCCAGAUCUUCUGAAUCUCCAGUUCAGAUGAAAAGGGACAUUUGCCCAGAAGCUGAGUAUCAGUAUGUCACAGGUGCUGGUGGGAGGCAGGGCCACCCUUGCCUUCACAAGGACUCCCCAAGUGGAACUGGUUCUGCAGCAUCAGGUAAUGGAGCAGGAAGCGGUGAUGGCAGUAUACACUUCGCUAGCAGUGAUUAUUCUGAAAUCUCCCAGAAUGGGCUGAAAUCUCAGGAUGUACAGGAAGAAGAAACCUUCCCCAAUUUAGCUGUAGAGUCCAUCUGGAGAAUGAUAGAGCACACACCGGAGGGCAUCCUGAUGACCUAUCAGGUACCUGAGAGAGUUAAAGAAGUUGUACUGAAAGAAGACCUAGAAAAGCUGGAAAGCAUGAGGCAGCAGCAGCCCCGGUUUUCUCUUGGACAGAAGGAGGAGCUAGCCCAGGUGCACUCUUGGAUUCGGAGCCAGACUCUCCCUCAGGAAAUAGACAUCCAGGGCUGUGCCACCUGCGGGAACCAGGGUGCGGGCAGCGGCUCUGCAGGACUCGGCGAGCAGGGACCAGCCGAGGACAGCCGCUGAGGGCCCGGGCGGUCCACUCACCCCUUCUGGGACCUGGGGCAGUAGGCCUCUUCAUGCAUCUCCUUACACCCUCGCCUCUUGAGUGGCAGCGAAGUUACUGUUGAACGUUAAGGUUUUUCCUUCUUGCUUUCUUAAUAGGCAUCAUUUUUCUGAAGCAGACAUUGCAAACAGACUCUCUUCCUUAUCUUUUGUUCCUGAUGUGUUAAAACUGCCGAUAAGCUCGUUCUCUGGUUCAGCUGUCUCCUAAAGAGCUUGGAUGGCCUCUAAAGAGGGAUGUGUACAGCAAAACUUUGUUUCAGCUGCCAUCCAAAGUAAAUUAUAAUUAGAGGUAUAACUAGAGUGAGCCCAAACCUCAGCCUCAUUUAUUUUUUGUUUUAUUAUUACAGACAUUAUAUUCCUGCGUUAGAGAAGUUGAAGAAAUCUCACCUCUACAGGCCACAGAGGUUUCAUAAUGGUUUCUGUAAAUUUAGUACAUCCGUCAAUACUGUGUACAGCUUGUUCCCCUCCCACCCCAGCUGAGAUAAGACACUGCGGGUUUCCCUUGCUACCAUGAGGCACUUUAGUAUGUACCAAGAUACAGUGUCCACUAGUAUAGUGGGAAAUACCGAGUUUUACAUUCUGACCUUCAUUCCUGUAGACGCCUUUCCACUUGAUUUUCCACCUUCCACUGACAUUCUGAGUCUUAUCUUAAAAAUUGAGAUGCCUGUAAUGGAAGUAUUCUUUUAAGCUUUGUAUGUGUAAUGUUAAAACAAAAGAGCGUCUGACCCAGUUAGUGCUGUUUUCCCUUUUUAAUGUUUUGAUUUGUAAAAUAAUGAUUGUAAAACGUUCCAAAAGUUAUGUAAAUUUUAGGAUUGUUUUUUUGUGUUUUGUGUUUAAAUGUUGUCUUACCAAAACUAACAGUUAACUCUUUCGUUCCAACCAAUUUACACAAAAAGAGGUCUCUCCAUCCCUGCUAGGGGUCCGAUUGACAUGUUGCCCUUCGUCUGCACUGUGACCAGGGUGAGUGUGGGGAAGAGGCCACAGGGAGAAAACCCUCUUGGGCCUCAGGCCUCUUCCCCACAGGGUCUGCAAUGUCCGCAUAAAUCAGUGCGUCCCAGGCCACGUUUUAGUGCGGUCUUUUCAGAAGUGAAUAUGAUUGUUUACUUGGUAAGUUAGCUCGUUUCUGGUGCUCUUUAGAGAAGUCAGUGAUUCCUUCUCAAACUCAGAAUAAUAUAUGAAAUUCACACCUCUGCAAAUCACAAAAAGAAGAUAGAAAAAAAUGAAGAUUACUUUACCUUUUAUAUAGCAUGCAAUAAGCUAACUUUUCUUUCUUCUUUCCUUCUCUUUCUUUCACUUUCUCCUUCUUUUUACACUUUGUAAGCACACCCUGAUCGGGAGACUCAGCCCAUGUAUCCGUGGUGACUGCUCGGCCCUGACUUGGCAGCCCGGCUUUGUUUUCUAGAGUGGUGGUUCCUGGACAGAACUUCUUUCCUGAGUGUCAGAACCACUGUCAGAUGCUGCCUUUUGACAUUGCUUGGAGUUUUCUGAUAUUAAGCAGUUAUGAAGAGAGAACUCUGAUCAUCUACUCCAUCUUGAGAAUCAGAUGUUUUCUGAAGGGCACUUGUGUUGAUCACAUUGUGUGAUAUUUUUACCCUUGAUAAAAAAUCAAAUUUUAAAAAAUGAACCAGCUUGGAUGUUGUUCAUCGUAUAAUCAUUGUGACGUUCUUGUAGUAACAAAAUUUUCAUUUGUAUAAACCAAAAAGGACAUGUUCAGCUAUCAGAGGCUCAUCCUGCUUCAUGUAUGCAUAUUUUAAACUUUGUUUUCCAGUACUAUAAGCCCUUCUUUUCCAUUGUUUCUGGAGAUUUGCUUUAUCUAAAUUUUCUUAUUUCUUUGCCUUAGUACGCAUUUUAUGGAGUGUAUGGUAUAUACUAGACUUGAUUUGAAACUGGUGCUUAUUUUAUGAGGAUAUGUAAAACCAUUUAUAAAUUUUGUAUUUUGAUAAGUUGAUAAGUUUGUGCAUUUAGAGAUUGGGUUCCCUGAUGUCCCUACUGCUGGCAGGGAGCUGUGGAGGUCCAGCAGCGAUGGCCACCGCCCCCCAAGGGGGCUUUACCCAGUUUUAAACUUUGUUGUUCACAUUUAUUAGCUUUUUAUAUUAGUUAUUAUAGAAACUGGUAUUAAAAACUGUAAAUUACAAGGCUUCAAUGUUUACAUAAAUGCUAUCCAAAAAACUGUAUUUUCUUGGGUAAGUGGUCAGGAUUAUGAAAAAAUAGAAUAUUGUGUGAAUGUGUUAGUUUUACAUUUAAAUGAAAUUUCAUUAUGCUUCACAAGGUAUAUUUAAUCCAAAUUGAAAUUUUGUUUCAGCUGAGUUUAUAAAUAGCUGUGUAAAUUUACUUGUUUUUAAUGGUCAUUAAUAUUUUAAUUGGGUACCUUUUUUAAAUAAAAAUAAUUUUUAAAAAA